AUGUCAACGCUUGCAAACAAUAGUUGUGUGAAUUUUUUAUUUUUCGGUCCCCCGGGGUCUGGAAAAACUUCAGCCGCCUUAGCUCUAGCAAAAUCCAUGUUUGGAAAUGAUUGGAAAAAAAACACUUUAGAGUUGAAUGCGUCAGAUGAUCGUGGAAUUUCUGCUGUACGUACAAGAAUAAAGCCUUGGAGCCAGUACGUCUCCAAACAAGAUGAGAAUUCUGACGAAACUCAGCGAAUGUCUAAACUGAUCAUACUAGAUGAAGCGGAUAUGAUGACAUUCGACGCUCAAGCUGCGUUGCGCAGAGUGAUUGAAGAUUACAAUGGCAAAAGCAGUUUCAUAAUAAUUUGUAACUACUUAAAUAAAAUAAUCGAACCUAUUAUUUCGAGAUGUGUUGUAUGUAAGUUUAACCCAAUAUCGCUAACUGAUCAUAUUUCGCACUUAAACAGCAUUUGCGCUGCUGAAGGCGUAAAUGUCGACUCAGAUAAAUUAAAAUUAAUUGUUACCUUAACUAAUGGAGACAUAAGAGCUUCGAUGAAUUUGUUACAGUGCGCACAUGCAAUUUAUGGAAACAACGUUAGUAAUGUAUGUUCAAAACGAUAA